UGCCUUUCCACUACUUAAGUUUGCACUGUCCGGGUAUAGAGAAAAGGAAAGUGAAAUAAUCCACAAGUUUACACUAGGAGGAAUAUUUGGUUCCCGGAAAUGGUCCGUUUACGGCUUACUUCCCCUCAUUCCAGGAAGGAGUAAUAAGAGAGAUCAUGUCGCCCGGGGUUGAUAAAGAAACGGAGCUUUCAGACCGGAUUGAGACGUUCUUGGCCGAGCUGAAGCGUGGCGGCAACGGGCGAGGCUCGGCUGAAACGGCGAGGCAGACGGCUGGCCUGUUACGUAGGAUCACUGCCCAGGCCCGAUGGGGAAACGCAGGGGAGCUAAUGGAUAUCAUCCGAAAGGAAGGAAAAAGAAUGGUUUUGGCACAGUCCUCUGAAACUACAGUUGGGAACACAGUGCGACGGGUGUUGAAAAUUAUUCGAGAAGAAUAUAGCAGGUGA